CCGGGGUCAAUAAAAUCUAGUCAAGUCUAAUUUUAAUUUAACUUCUGUUAAAUCAUCGUGUCCAAACAAAUCGAACUCGGAUCAUCCGGUGCAUCAAUUUGCAAUAGGGGGUCUCCCUUUUAUCUGACAAGUUAAAAAAAAAAUAAAAAAUCAGUGCACCCUUUGGAUUUCUUCUUUGUAGCUUAUCUGUUCUAGUCGACUAAAUUUUUUGUAAAAAAGCUUUGCUUAACCGCCAACAAUGGCGGCAACCAUCACCAACUUUCAUCCAUUCUCUCUCUUCUCUGAAACUGAUCUUUGUUUCCCUUUCAAUCCCACUAAACUCAACUUCACAAGAACCUCAUUCAUUACUUCCCCACUUUCAUAUCCUGCAAUUAUCAACCAUGCUCAUAAUCAGAAUAACCCUCCUUUUUCUUCUUCUUCUAAACCCAAGAUUAAAAAGACAGGUGUUCUUGAUUCUCCAAUGAAAACCCAGAAGCUGAAUUUGGAGGUUUCACCCCAUAGAGCUGUGGCUGCUGUGAGGUUGAUGCGGAUUGAGUUUGGUGGUGCUUUCGCUGAUCUUCUAAAUGAGAGAGGCAAGGGUUCAGGAAACAACGAGAUGGAAUACGUUGAAAGGACUCUUGGAUUUCGCACCAGAGACCUUGAAGAAAGAGAUCUCAGAUUGGUUACUGACAUUGUUGGCGGUGCAAUUCGCUGGAGAAAAUAUCUGGACUAUCUGAUUCUUUCGUUGUGUCAUGAUGAAGGCUCUUUUAGGAGCAUGGAACCUCUGCUGCUACAGAUCCUUAGGAUUGGAUUUUAUGAGAUUCUUAAACGGGAGAUGCCUCCAUAUGCUGUUGUUGACGAGAAUGUGAAUCUUGCCAAGUUUGCACUUAGACCAGGCGCAGGAAACAUGGUGAAUGGGAUCCUCCGAAAACUAGUUUCUCUUAAGGAUAAAGAUUCCCUUCCUGUACCUAAAUUGGAUGGUAAUGACCGUGCACAAGCACGUGCCCUUGCUACUACUCAUUCCCAUCCAGUGUGGAUGGUAAGACGGUGGACCAAGUACCUUGGACAAGAAGCAGCUAUCAAAUUAAUGAUAUGGAAUAACACUGAUCCAAGUUUCAGCUUGCGGGCCAAUAUUGCAAAAGGAUUAACUCGAGAAGACCUUGUUAUGAAGCUUAAUGUGCUGAAGGUACCACAUGAACCUUCCUUGCACUUGGAUGAUUUUGUGCGCAUCAGAAGAGGGAUGCAGAGUGUGAUACAAAAUGGAUUCCUAAAAGAAGGUUUAUGCUCAGUUCAGGAUGAGAGUGCAGGUCUAGCUGUUUCUGUUCUGGAUCCACAGCCUGAUGAUUGCAUUAUUGAUUGUUGUGCUGCUCCUGGGGGGAAGACACUCUUCAUGGCAUCUCGCUUGAAUGGCCGAGGUAUGAUAUCAGCAGUUGACAUAAAUAAAGGUCGUCUACGAAUUCUUGAAGAAACAGCCAAGUUGCAGUCAGUUGAUAGUGUGAUCAAUUGCAUCCAUGCUGAUCUUCGCUCCUUUGCAGACAGCAACAAAUUGAAGUUUGAUAAAGUUCUGCUAGAUGCUCCAUGUUCUGGCCUUGGUGUACUAUCUAAAAGGCCAGAUUUGCGUUGGAAUAGAAAGCUGGAGGAUAUGGAAGAGCUAAAGUCGUUGCAGGAUGAGCUGUUGGAUGCUGCCUGCAAGCUAGUCAAACCAGGCGGUGUGCUUGUGUACAGUACCUGCUCCAUUGAUCCUGAAGAAAAUGAAGACAGGGUAUCUGCAUUUCUUAUUAGACAUCCGGAAUUCCAAAUAGACCCUGUUCACAGAUAUGUUCCAUCUGACUUUUCAACUGAACAAGGAUUCUUUCGCUCGUGUCCAGUGAAGCAUUCAAUGGAUGGUGCAUUUGCUGCACGUCUAAUUCAAUCACAGUAAGCAUGGGAGAAGCCAUCUGAUGUGGCAGCUCCAGAGACUGACUUAUGAAAAAAAUUAAGGAAAACCAGCUGAUGAGGAUGAUGUCAAAUACUUGUCCCAGAACGAGUUAAACAAGCUGCACAUCCUGGUAGGCCUGAAGAUUUAGCAGGCUGUUAUUGGUCCUGAUUUGAAGGUCAGGCCACAGAGAGGAAUAUUGAACAUCUACUGUACCCUUUUCAUAUAUGGGUGUCUCGUGUCAACAAUCCAAGACCUUGCUGAACAACCACCGAUGGGGAAAAUAGGUGCUAAUUUGGUAGCAUGAAAUUGCACACGAUUGGGAGAGAGAGACAAAUAGAGGGGAGGGGGUGGGGGGUGUACUGUUAGUUAGAUUGGGCUCCCAUUUAGCUGCACCACUGAUUAUGGUAUAUAUAACACCUGAUUUGUCAAACUCAUUGUGUAUACAACACGAAUGGUUGAUUAUGCAUUAGAAAACGCUCAACAUUCAUUCAUGUA